AUGCGGCUUUUGCUAGUUUUUCCGGCGUCCCGACCAAUGGACGAGAAGCUGAAGGGUUUUGUCGUGUCUCCCCACGCCACGAACGACAUUUCUGCACGGUCGUCUUAA